AUGGGGGACAUAAAUCAACAGCUUCUUGAGGCAGCAUUGAAGGGUAAAAUCAAAGAUAUAAAACGACUGCUAAAACAGGAUUCUAACAUAAACCACACAGACCAAGAUGGAAACACACCCUUACACUUAGCGGUCCAGUAUGGCCAUGAGAAUGUCGUGGAGUAUCUCAUACAUCAAGGUGCUGAUGUGGAGAAGGCGACUCCAGAUGGACAAACACCCUUACAUCUGGCUGCAUCACUCGGACGUCUUAAAGCAACAAAAUAUAUACUAAUUCAUGGAGCAAAUAUGGACAAAGAAGACAAGGACGGCUACACUGCAUUAAACAGCGCUGCAAGGAAUGGCCAUAUUAAUGUAAUGCACUAUUUUAUCCGUCAAGGAGCUGAGGUGAAUAGGGGAGAUAAAGACGGCGUAAAUGCAUUACACACUGCUGCUGAGAUGGGUCGUCUUAAUGUCACCAAAUAUCUCAUCAGUCAAGGAGCUGAGGUGAAUAGGAGAGAUAAUGAAGGUUGGACUGCAUUUCACGGUGCUGCUCAGGAGGGUCACCUUGAUGUCACCAAAUAUCUCGUCAGCCAAGGAGCUAAGAUGAAUAAGGGAGAUUAUAACGGCAGAACUGCAUUACACGUUGCUGCUUUUAACGGUCAUCUUCAUGUAACCGAAUACCUCAUUAGCCAAGGAGCUGAGGUGAAUAGGGGAAAUAAAGACGGCGUGAAUGCAUUACACUCUGCUGUUCAAAAUGGUCACCUUGAUGUCACCAAAUAUCUC